CAACAUCUUCUCUCUGAGCCAACCAGAAGGCGUGGUAAUGAGACAGAGCGCAGGGUUAGAUUGAUGGUGAAAGUAGUCAGUCGGGGGAUUUGGGGCCGAACCGAGUCAACGAACAGCUGUUUGACACAGAGAGAAACCGGUUGCCCUUCACUGGCACGAUAAGACAAUGGAGACUGAGAUUGAACCACAAGAAGAAGAAAGUACCUUCAGCAACACAGACACUAACGGAAAGCGACCCGCUGAAGAUAUGGAGGAGGAGCAGGCGUUCAAGAGGUCUAGGAACACUGAUGAAAUGGUUGAGUUGCGUGUUCUGCUGCAGAGUAAGAAUGCUGGUGCUGUCAUUGGGAAGGGCGGCAAGAACAUCAAGGCUUUGCGCACAGACCACAAUGCCAGUGUUUCAGUCCCUGACAGCAGUGGCCCUGAGCGGAUUCUCAGUGUCAGUGCCGACAUAGAGACAGUUGGAGAAAUUCUGCUGAAAAUCAUUCCCACUUUAGAGGAGUAUCAGCAUUACAAUGGAAUUGACUUUGACUGCGAGCUGAGGCUGCUCAUUCACCAGAGCCUGGCAGGAGGAAUUAUUGGGGUCAAAGGUGCCAAGAUCAAAGAGCUCCGAGAGAACACGCAGACGACCAUCAAGCUAUUUCAGGAGUGCUGCCCUCACUCCACAGACCGUGUGGUGCUGGUUGGUGGUAAACCUGACCGUGUUGUGGAGUGUAUCAAGGUGAUUCUGGAGCUCAUAUCAGAGGCUCCCAUCAAAGGCCGCGCUCAGCCCUAUGACCCGAACUUCUACGAUGAGACGUACGACUACGGCGGCUUCACCAUGUUCGAGGAGCGUGCUCGCAGACCCAUGGGCUUCCCCAUGCGUGGCCGUGGGGGGUUUGAGCGCAUGCCCCCUCCUGGUCGUGGGGGUCGGCCCCUGCCUCCCUCGCGGAGGGACUAUGACGAUUUGAGCCCCCGCCGUGGGCCACCCCCGCCACUCCAAAGCAGAGGAGGGAGGGGGGGCAGUCGUGCUCGGAAUCUGCCCCUGCCCCUCCCUCCGCCCCCCAGAGGAGGCAGCGACCGAAGAGCAAGACCCAUCGAUCGUUAUGAGAGCCUGAGUGGCGGUGGAUAUGACAAUUCCUCGUCUUGGGAGCCUUUUCAGUCAGUAGGCCGUGGCUCUUAUGGGGACAUUGGCGGUCCAGUGAUCACAACCCAAGUGACAAUUCCCAAAGAUCUGGCGGGAUCGAUAAUAGGCAAAGGUGGCCAGCGGAUCAAGCAGAUUCGGCAUGAAUCGGGGGCCUCCAUUAAAAUCGACGAGCCCUUGGAAGGCUCAGAGGAUCGGAUAAUCACCAUCACUGGCACCCAGGACCAGAUCCAGAAUGCCCAGUACCUGCUGCAGAACAGCGUGAAGCAGUACUCUGGGCGCUUCUUCUAAAGGAGGACCUUGUGGAGGAGAGUGUUGUUGUUGCCGAGUCUGUUAAACAAGCCACAUUCCUCUACCUUAGGUAGAUGGCCCAAUGCCUAAGCAGACCUGCCCUUUGUCUAACCCUCUGUGUAGCUCUAUGAUGUGAGUGGAGCCUCCGCCCUCGUGCUUGUUCUUGUGUUACACCACAGUGUGAGGAGGCAGGAAGUGACACGCCUCCAUCCUCAUGCCUUCUGCAGUGUAUACACAGUCAUCCUGUUUUGUAAGGAAACUUUUAUGAUUUUUAAAAUAAAUUUAGUCAAUUGUUCCCUCCUGGUAUGUUUUAGUUAAAAGACUGGAUAUCUAUGUAAAUAACUUUCUAUGAAUUUGUGUUUUUAAUGCUCACGAUGCAUUUUGUUAUGUCUACAUGAAUAAACCGGGAUAAGAUUUUCCUCA